AUGUCGGGCCGAGUAAGAAAGCAGUCAGACUGCCCCGUGGGCAAGCAGGGACCGAUGAGGGCAACUCUGCCGGUGUCGUCAAUAAUGAAGCCCAAGAAGAACGCUAGCAACAGUCCAACUUUAUCACCGACGAUCGCGUGGCGGCGAAUAUCACCCGAUCACGCCCUUUCAGGACAACGAAGCCCAGGAGCAGUUAAUUAUAAAGGUAAAGGCAGAUUUGGGGCUAGUGUCAUCAGGCGUACAGCUUCUUUAGACACCUUGUACCACAAAGGACAAUGGUCCAGGGACUACUAUCUGCAUGCUGGCCAGUUACAAGUAGAUAAGUCCACCCAAACUGAUGAUGGAGGUGGGACUUCUGGUCGCUCUUCUAGGGGUUCUGAUGAUGAUAAACUUGAUCGUUUUCUUCGUAUACGCCUUCAAAGACCACAUAAAUCUUGUGGCUCUGGAGACAGUUCAACACAUUCUAUGAGUACAGCUCUGUGGUCACGUUUUGGAAGUGGAAGCGUCCCACUAAGAGCAGCACGGUCGUCAGUAGAAGGUCUAAACCAGGAGAUAGAGAGACUUGUGCUGUAUCCAGCUAGCGGCACUCAAACACCGCUUCACGACCGGCUAAGAGAUAAAGUAACACCAGAAGGGCACCGUGCACCUCUCGCUGAACUGUUGAGGCGCUCAGUGAACACUCAGACUCCGCAUGAUCUAGUGCACACAGCUCAUUCGUCAGGUGGCAGUGUGUGUUCUUCUCCGGACUUAGAUGGCUCUAAAUUAGGCACUUCACCACAAAUCAAUCGCUUCUUAGCCCGCGAACCUCCAGAUGGUUGUGAAAAGGUAAACCUUAAAGCUGGCGAAGGUGCGUACACAGAGACGAUGAGUAUGGUGAAGCCGACGAUACCAGGGUUUACGCUGCGGCCAUCUCAGGGUUCAGCCUUCCAACCGCUCCAGCCCGCCCACCACUUGCACACGCCUGUCGCGCCCGACCAGCUCUCCUCGCGCAACUCGCCCGCCUCGCCGCCGCCCACCUUGCACUGA